ACUCUAACUUCACAAGGAUCCUAUUACCUCCCUGAACUCAAUUUUAACGUAUUUUUGUCAUCCUUUUGUGUGACGCGGCACCAUUAUAACAUAAAAUGGAGUCCACAUCAAAGGUGUUACAUCAGCUAAAAAGAUUGACAAAAGGUGCCACAUCAGCUAAUUUGGAGUGUGUCGUAGCAAAUUGGGUCAUAGUUCAGGAAGGUACCAAAUGCUUUACUCAAAACUUAAAGACAAUUUUUAUAAAGAGAUAGUUAGACCAACUAUGUUGUUUGAGACAGAGUGUGGGUCAGUCAAAAACUCUCACGUACAAAAGUUGAAAGUUACAAGGAUGUUGCGAUAAAUGUAUGGGCAUAGCAUAUCAAGAGAUAAGAUUAGAAAUGAGGAUAUCCGAGUAAAGGUAAGAAUGACAUAAGCGGAGGACAAGAUGCGGGAAGAAAGACCGAGAUGGUUCAGUGUGUGGGAGCAACUAUAAAAUAAUGUUAUAACCAAAAUACAAUAGACAACUGACAAUAACGGAUAUCAAAAUCAAGAAAACUACAUGAAUAAAGUUAACACUACGACAAACACACUGCUCUAAACUCUCAUGAAAUCUAAUUUCAUCGAGAAGCAAGACAACACCCAUUAUCUAUUAAUCUUCAAUUCUAAUUCUACCUUUUAAACCUUUUUAUCUAAAAUCAUUUUUUUGAUAAACUAAAUCCGCAUUAUAUUUAAUUUAAUUAUUUUUUUCAAUAUUCUUUCCACCUACCUCUACCUCUUUUCAUAAUACAUGAUAUUAUGAAACAACUAAAAAUAACACAAUUAAUUUAUACAUUUUAUAUUUAUAAACAACACCACUCCAAACAAGAAAUAGAAGUAUGCUAAACAACAAGACAUAAGGAAAAAUAACGUACAAGAAAGAUACAAACAAAAGAAUAAUAUUAAAAUAAUUCAAUCAAUCCCUUCUUCCUCUUCUCUCUCUCUUUGCUCCUAACUUUUCCACAACACAAUUAAUUCCUAUAUUUUUUUUUAUGAAAAUCUCUCUCUACAUAAGGUUAGAGCUCAAUAAAUUAAAAUUAUAUUAUAUCCUAUCUAUCAAUCUAUCAUAUAUAUGUCUUCAAUAUUUUUUUCAUCCUACUUCUAUCUCUCUUCAUAACAUGUGAUAUUUUUUUUAAUUUUGGUUUCCCAAGUAUUCCUAUAGCCGGCAGCCGUGAGACGAAGGACUAAUCCUUCGUUCCACUGUAAGCACACUAAGUGAUAGGAAACUGGCCACAAAGUUUUCUCCAUUUAGGAUCGAACCCCCAAUUAGUAAAUAUCCCCAUAACAUGUGAUUUAUGAAACAACUAAAACUAAUAUAAUUAUUAAAUAUUAUAUGUAUUAAAUAAUAAGAUAUGUCGAAAAGGGUAUGAUUGAGCGGUUGGGAGGUGGUCUUUCACAUAAGAGAUUAAUUUGUGAUUGAAUUUAGUCUCCGUCUGUCAUUUAGUCAUGAACCCGUUGCAUUUACUUGCUUAAUGCUGUCUGUAUAUCCUAUGUGGUUUGUGAGCUAUUAUACAGUGAAAAGGUUACUAUAAAGUACUCACUCGAAAGAUAACAACCGUAAUAAAGAUUGUGAAUUAUCCCAAAAGUUUCAAAAAAUAAUAUGAUAUGUUAUGAAACGAUAACGUAUCAUCCAAGUAUGUUACUCCCUCUGUCCAUCUUCAUUAUUCAGCAUAUCAAAAUAGAUGCCCUACGAUAUUUGUUCAAUUUAAAAAAUUAAUAAAUAAUUUAUCAAUCUUGUAUCUAUUUUGGAGGAAAGUGAUUAGACAUGACAUGAAACAGUUACAACUAACUGAGGACACGACCUUAGAUAAGAAGGUAUGGAGGACGCGAAUUAUGGUAAAGAGUUUUAGUAGGAAGGUGUGCUUUGUUUAUAGUUGUGUCUGUAAUCGUAAUGUUAUGCGUGUGUCUUGUAGUUUUUUGUUCGUUGAGUUUUGAUGAUGUGUGUGAUUUUCGAAUAAAUUUUGUAUAAUAUUACUCUGUGAGUGUCUUAUUUCUUUUAUUAUUAUCUAGUGAUGUGUUGCCCCAUUUAUUUAUCAUUUUCUGUUUUUUAUAAUGUUAUUUUCCUAAGCCGAGUGUCUAUCGAAAACAGUCUCUCUACUUCAUGUGAGAUAAUGAUACUUUUUUUCUCUUCAUACCUACAGACGGAGCCAGCCUAGUAAUAGGGGUUCUUUCGAACCCCAUUCGACGAAAAAUUAUAUUACUAAUACAUAAUUUAAAUGAUUUUUAUGUAUAUAUUAUAAAAUUUAAACCUCCUUCGAUAAUAAUUAUUUUCUUGAGAUUUUGAAUCCCUCAGCAGAAAUUUUUGACUCCGCCCUCUUUUCAGAAAUUUUGACUCCGCCCUCUUUUCAAAUCCCACUUUGUGUAACUAUAUAUUGCAUGUUGUUGUACAUUUUACAUUUGCAAUUGCACAACAAGACAUAAGCAAAAACAAAGAAGAAAGACCCAAACAAAAAAAUAUUAAAAAUAAUUCAAUCAACCCCCCCCCCACCACGCCCACCCCACCCCCUCUCUUGCCUUUCCACAACACAAAAAAGAAAAUUAAUUAUUAAUUAUUAUUAUUUUCCUGAAAAUCUCUCUCUCUCUCCUCCAUCUUUGCUCAUUUGUCCCAUUUUCUUUUUCUCCAUUACCGUAAUUCUUGACCCUUUCUUGAUUUUCAGCUGAAAAAAACAAGAACCCAAAUUCACAAUUUUUUUUUUUAAUUUUUACAUUUUGAGUUUGCAUAAAGAUUGCUUUUUUAUUAAUAAAUGGGGUGAUUUUCUUGUAAAGAUUGGAUUUUUAUUCAUUGUUAAUGUAUUUGGAGAUGAUGGGUGUUUGUAUUUAUACAAGGAUAUAGCUGGACAGUAAUUUUCUUGAAUCUUGAUUUGAUAAUUUUUAGGAUUUUUAGUAUAAAGUUGUGAACUUUAAUGGAUUCUUGAUUUUUAGGUGUGGUAAUUGGAUAGAUGUAUGAGUAGUUUUGAUGAUUUUUAGGCCUUUUUUUUCAAUAAAGUUGUGAACUUUAAUGGAUUCUUGAUAUUUAGGUAUUUGGAUAGAUGUAUGAGUACAUUUGAUGAUUUUUAGGCCUCUAAUGGAUUUUGAGUUUGAGGGGUGGUAAAUUGAUUGAUGUAUGAGUGAUUUUGAUGGGGUUAAUUGUAUCUUGGAUGUGUUGAGGGGUUUCUUGGUUAAUCUAAGUAGGUGAAAAUUUGAGAAAAUUAAGUAUUGUGGGUGUUGAAAUUAUUGUUGUUGUUGUUGGUGGUGAAAUUUAUUGACAUCAUGGAUCAUGUUGUGGGUGGGAAGUUUAAGCUUGGAAGGAAGAUUGGGAGUGGUUCUUUUGGUGAGCUUUAUUUAGAGAAAACAAGAAUCUGACCGGUACAGCUCGUUAUGCGAGUGUCAACACACACCUUGGAGUAGAGCAAAGCAGAAGAGAUGAUUUGGAAUCUCUUGGCUAUGUACUUAUGUAUUUUCUUAGAGGAAGCCUUCCAUGGCAGGGACUGAAAGCUGGUACCAAAAAGCAGAAAUACGAUAAAAUCAGUGAGAAGAAGAUGUUAACUCCAAUAGAGGCGUUGUGCAAAUCCUAUCCGUCUGAAUUUGUAUCAUACUUCCACUAUUGUCGAUCAUUACGAUUUGAAGAUAAACCUGACUAUUCUUAUUUGAAGAGGCUGUUCAGAGACUUGUUUAUUCGUGAAGGUUAUCAAUUUGACUAUGUUUUUGAUUGGACCAUUUUGAAGUAUCCUCAGAUCGGUGCCAGUUCUAGAGGACGAAUUCCUAGCGGAAAUGCCGGACUAAAUGCUGGGCCAUCUGCUGAAAAAACAGGAAGAGCAUCAGUUGGACAAGAUAUUCGCGACAGGUUUUCUGGUGCUGUCGAAGCAUUUUCAAGAAGGAAUGCUUCCGGUGCGGGAAGGCACGGGGAACACUCCAGACAGAAGAGUUCAGAGGAUAUGACUUCAUCUAAAGAUGUGCAAGAUUCAGAAAGAGGACGUACCUCGAGAAACGGAAGCUCAUCAAAAAGGGCUGCCAUUUCUGGCAGCAGACCAACUUCUUCCGGUGAUCCCACCAUCACUGAUAGUCGCUCGAGCAGACUAGUGUCUAGCAACGGGCGUGUAUCUACUACACAAAGAAUUCAUUCAGGUAUCGAACCAAAACCAUCACCAUUCUCACGUAAGGGGACACGUGAUGACCCUCUUCGGAGCUUCGAGUUCCUUUCAAUCAGAAAGUAAACCAUGCAUGCACUUGUAAAGAGAGAAUUUCCUGUUUGGUUUGGAACAUUUGCAAUCCUAUUUAAGGAUGUCUUGUUUUAAGUGUUGUAUAUGGAAGUGUUUCUAAAUGUCACAACUACUAAGAGGUUUAUCCAACUUCUCCCAUUGUUACUUGUUUUGGUUUUAAUAUUUGGAGCUUGAGUUCUUGCCAUUUGUAAAAGCCUUUUGGCUCAUCCAAAGAAUUGAUGAGUUAAAUGCUAGAUUUUCAUACAUGUACACUUGGAUAGUAUGUAAUAAAUAUUAAGUAUUAUUGUACCAAUGAAUGUAUCUUUUUUUCUCUUGUA